AUGAACAGCCGCCGCCGCCGCCUGUCCUCCCCCACAUCGCCGGCGACGACGCCGCCGCUGGAGGACGAAAAUCUCCUCCUAGAGAUCCUCCUCCGCCUCUCUCCGCUACCGUCGUCACUCCCCCGCGCCUCCCUCGUCUCCAAGCGCUGGCGCCGCCUCGUCUCCGACCCCAAAUUCUUCCGCCGCUUCUGCGCCCACCACCGCAAAGCCCCAUUCCUUGGAUUUUUCAUCAGAUGCGUGGAUGGGAUCUCCUUCAAACCCAUGCUGCCUACGCCGGACCACAUCCCUCCCUCGCGCUUCUGCCUGCCGCAGAGCCGCUACGAGCGCUGGGACUUCGUCGGCUGCCGCAACGGCCUCGCCCUCCUCAUCAAUCAGACGCGUCUCGAGGUCGUCGUGUGGGAUCCCAUCACACGCCACCAGCUCUGCGUGGCCUUCCCACCGGACUUCGACGAAAGGUAUGCAAGAUAUGUCAGAAACGCCGCGCUGCUCUGCGCUUCCGGUGAAAACCAUGACCAAGUGCACGGUCGCCGCGGUUUGCAGCCUUUUAAGCUGGUCUUGGUGCAAGGCACCGGCAGGGUUGGUGAGCCCCAGCGUGCAUUGGUCUAUCUCUAUGAUUCAGAAUCCGGGGUAUGGGGAAAUUCCAUCUCAGCAGCGACUAAACAUGGUAUUCAUGAUGCGAGUACCAACGUCCUGGUUGGUAAUGCACUUUAUUGGUUGCUUAAUGGGGGUGAAAUCCUUGAAUUUGAUUUUGAAAGGCAGAGCUUAGUGGUGAUCGACAGACCAGCAGCUGUACCGCCCUAUGGGGAGAAGAAUGACGACUUUCAGAUCUUGCGGUUGCGGACACGGGAACACCGGCUUGGCUUUGCCAUGUGGACAGAGGUGGGCAUUGAAAUAUGGGAGAGGAAGGGCAAUUCUGACAGUGUUGCCAGAUGGGAGCGUCAGGACAUUAUCGAAUUUGACAAGCUCCCUCCACUGUUCAGAAAAAUUUCUAUAGGACAUUAUGGCCAGGUUUAUCCGUACACAAAUUUCUGUACUGCAGGCAGAGGAAUUAGUGAUGGAAGUAGAGUUGAACUGAUGCGCAAUACAUCAGACUAUAUUCCUGUGGGCUGGAUUGGCUGAAAGGAUUCCAAAGCUGCUUUUGAAGUGUCAAGAUGAAGAAUGUUCUAUGUUUCGUUCUUUGGUGGCUUGCGUAGUAUUGAAAGUGUCCAAGGUGGAAUGUGGCCAUCUUGCAACUGUCAACCAUGUCAUGUGCUGUAGAACUGUCUAGUUUUGGUAGAAUCCACCAUUGUGUCGUAUCCUUGUCAUAUUCGUUGAUCAGCCGAAACUUUUGAGUUCGCUUCAAUUAACUCAAUAGACUUGACUCCUUCCACCCGAUUUAUGCAAGUAAUAUCAUGCUACAUGGA